AUGGACCACCUGGGUAUAUACAAGCUGUCGCUGCUGCUGGUAGUGGGACUGUCGACGAAACUGGUAGCUUCUCAGAAUCCGAAUCCUCCUACAACUACCCAGUUAACAAAGACACCAAACAGUACAGUCCCGGCAUCCCCACAGCCUACAACAGCCGCUUCUGCUACAGAACCCUUCCCAUACAUCAUUCCGAUCGCUGUGGCGGCUGGAGCUACUCUGGGACUUAUUCUAAUCAUCUGUAUUAUAAUCUGCUGUAUAUGGCGUAACCGAGGCAAAACGAGUAUAGAUCGUCCAGAUGUCAGGAAAGAGAGCGUCACAGAAGUGAACAUCGUCAAGAGAGGUGACGACAACAGGGUGAAAACAGCGCCCAGAUUCAAAGAGGAUUCCAACUGGAACCGUCCUGAUCUCACCCCCAGCACUUUUGACGACAAUGGACAAGUAGAAAAUCCAUCCUACCCUCAAGGCCUUUACGCGCUUCCUCAUAAGAGCGCUAAGGCGGCAGUCGUUACCAUAGAGACGGAGGAGCCCCAACCGCCUUCUCAUUACGAGACAGUCUCACCCGAGAACGAGACGUCUCCGGGAAAGCCUCUAAUCAGACAGAACUAUGAAAAAGCUAAGCUGAGCAACGAGGGUUCAACCUACACCAACGUGGCUUUCACCCCCGAUGACGUCAGUGAUGACGAGGGUUCUCACGAUCCCGAUAAAAACUCUCCUCCUGGCGGAAAUCGCGUCAGAUUUGCUCCCGACGACGAAUACACCGGCAGAGGGAGUCCGGACGGUGGUCAUUCUGAGCAGGUCACACUGCGCGAGGGUCUCUCCGAGGACAGGGACAAGGUGAUCAGUGGAAUGUACGCUAAGGUCAAUAAGCAAGGGGUACAACUAAAAGAGGACCCUAUGUAAAUACUGAUGAAAUAGAUGUAAAUGUGUCAUAUAUGGGAAAGACUGUAAUGUCUGUCCUGCAGUCAGUGUUGGUAAACGCUCCAGAAUUGCUUGAAAUAGUUUGACAACUCUGUCUUGUUUUCUUGAUUUGUCAUAUUCCAUGUACAUGGUUCAACCAGCAGAGAACCCAAUGUAAAUAUAUCCAAGAUGGCAAACACUGGACUAGGCAUUCUGUGGUUAAUACUGGUAAGCGUUCUAGAACAGUUCGAAACUGUUGUGCAACUGUCGGGGAGUAUCGUGUUGUGUCAUGUUAAAUGUACAUGGUACAAGUUGUAGAGGAUGCCGUAUAAACAUCGAUGAAAUGUAAACGUGUCCGAUGUGGCAAACACUGGGCUGUGUAUUCUGUAAUUAGUGUUAGUAAGUAUUCCAGAACAGAAUUGAUGGAGUACGUGUAAAUAUACAUAAUUGUGCCAUAGUCCCUUAUGCCAUGUGAUGACGGUCAAGUUUUGUACAUUUGACCAAAUCAACAGUUGUUUCAAUAAGUGCUUAUACAUAUAUAAUGUUUUGCUGUAUAUAAAUGACUAUAGAAGUUAUUGCUGCAUGUGAUGGUUAUGCUUUUGAAGUAGUACCAAAAUAUAUAGUAGUUUAGAUGUUAAAAUAUGUGGUUAAUCCAAUGUUUGCUAUUAUUUUCUCCUUCAUGCCCGCUAUUUCUCGCUAUGUAAAGCGUAUAUAUUGCUGAACAUGUAUAUAGUGCUAUAUAGUAGAUAAUAGUGCCAUAUGCAGAUUGUGUUUUAUGUUGAAAAUAUGUGAUGUUGCUAUAAACUUUUUGAUGUAUUGAAUU